GAAUUUGGAUUAUUACAUAUAUUUAAGUGUGCUGACUAAGGACACACAAAAUUUAAUAUUUUCAUCCAAUGGAAUCUGUUUUCAUAAGGCACCCAGUAUGAUGCCUUUCUGGACCUUUCUGGUUUUCUUCUGGACUAUUACUGAACUCCGCGUAGAGAACUGGGGAGACUGACAGCGGUGAAUAUAGGAUGGGUUGUGCUUGUAGUGACCAGAAACAUCGCAAAGACUCUAAAGGGCAUGAACAUAAUAAUUCAUCAAACUCUAACAAAUUUCAUUUGUCAAGAGAUCACAGGAAGCAGAACAACAAUCCAGAUGAAGACAUUGUCAUUGCUCAAUAUGACUUCCAGCCAGCUAGUGAUAGUGAUCUACAGUUCAAAAAAGGCGACAGACUCAAGAUUAUUAAAGAGACUGGUGAAUGGUGGUUGGCGAAGUCCUUGAUCACUGGUUAUGAGGGAUAUAUUCCGUCUACAUACGUGGCAAGAGCACACACAAUGGAGGUGGAGAGAUGGCUUUUCAAGGACAUGAGUCGCAGAGACACAGAGCGUCUUCUCCUGGCACCAGGAAACAAACCUGGCGCAUUUCUUGUGAGAGAAAGUGAAACAACCACAGGUGCUUUCUCUCUGUCUAUAAGAGACUCCACCCCAGAGCAAGGUGAUGUAGUCAAGCAUUAUAAGAUCCGAGCUCUUGAUAACGGUGGUUACUACAUCUCUCCCUCCACAACCUUUUCUUCUCUUCAAGAACUAGUAAAGUAUUACGCCAGGACAGCAGAUGGUUUAUGCCAGAGGCUAGGAAGCCCUUGUAAAACUGCUACCCCUCAGAGACCCUGGGCUCAAGAUGAGUGGGAGAUUCCCAGAGAGACUCUGAAAAUGGUGAAAAAACUUGGUGCCGGCCAGUUUGGAGAAGUGUGGAUGGGGUACUACAAAAACUCCCAGAAAGUUGCCAUCAAGACUUUGAAGGAAGGCACCAUGGAGCCAGAGGCAUUCCUACAGGAGGCUAAUCUGAUGAAGCAGCUCCAGCAUGAGAGACUGGUCAAACUGCACGCUGUAGUCACCCAAGAACCCAUAUAUAUUGUCACAGAAUACAUGGCUAAUGGAAGCUUGUUAGACUUUCUGAAGACGGAUGAUGGCCAUAAAUUAAAACUUCCCAAGCUGAUUGAUAUGGCUGCUCAAAUUGCAGAGGGAAUGGCUUUCAUAGAAAGAAAAAACUACAUUCACAGAGACGGAAACCAUAAAAUGAACACAGUCAUUAGUUAG